AUGACUAUUGCAAUGCGUUGGAUUAUCUCGGUCAUGCUGCUCCCACUGACGAAAGUCGACAUGCGUUCGGAGCAUAUCGUUGCUUUGGCUGCCUUGGUUACAGAAACGGAUCUGCUGCAGGAAUUCGGAGCUGACAAGGGCGACACUUUUCUGGCCUCAUUGAUCUCUGAAGAUCCAGACUUCCGCCUUGUUUACGUACUGUGGCGCUGGUGCCUCAGUGGUGCUAGUGAGUCGAAAGGUGGUGUUCGUAGGACCUACAUCAAUCGAACAGUGAAUGGGAAGAAAGUAGGACCUGAUCCGGAUUCAAUGCUUUCGGCUCCUGAAGAUCCUAAUUUCGAGAAACUCGUUCGUGUGGUAUUCAGCCUUCUUCGAUGUGGACGCUUUGAAGAAGCAAUGAUACUAGGCGGUGAUAUGCACGUACCUUGGUUGAUUCCACUGAUUCGAUCUCAGCAGUUACUCGUCGAUUCAAGUUUAAUUAGUGCUGAACUCACAAAACAGGAACGAGCUCGUUUUCACUUCAGAAAACUGUUUUUCCAAACAAUGGUUAAGGCAAUAUCUGAGACCAAAUACACGAUGGGAAUUCGAAUGGUGUUCGCAGCACUUGCGGGAGACUGGCAAUUCCUUCUCCCUCUGGCUGUCAAUGUGGAUGAUCGUCUUUGGUGCUAUGCUAAUGCUGCCGUACAAGCGAGACUUAAUGCUGCUCUUGGAAUCGAACAUCCAAUUUUUGCUCCCACCACAGUUCAAGGGAUAUUUGAAGCAAUAGCAACGGAGAGUCAUGGCAAGAAUCUCAUUGGGCGUAUGAUUGAAGUGAUGAGGCAGAAACAGGCCUUCAGCUUGAUUCCAUUUUACGCUGCGUUGCUGCCGAAGGAUGACGGUCUGAGACGAAUCUGGAAUGUAAUGCCAGAUGUGAAAAGUGAUGGCGACCGCAUAGCCUUUAUUGCUGCCCUGAAUGAUGCUGGUUUUGAUGGCGAAGAAAUCGCUUAUCAAUGUGGCAGAUUCCGCAUUGUGGAAAUGGUUGAUCACGCUGAUCUUUUACGUUGGAUAUUUGCAUGCGGCGACAAGAAGUUGUUGGAGGCCAUCACUGAAGCGAAUAGUGUUUUGCGUCACUAUUUUUGUAAGUUUCCACUGAAACUGGAGGGCUCCAAGCCAAAUGGCACUGUUGAAAGUAGUACCUUGUAUUCCGCAGUGAGUGACAUGGAAGAUGACGCGAGCGCUCUGAUCAGUAAAUGCGAGCAGUUGAAGUUGGUGGAUCGCCUUGGCGCAUUGGUCAAGAAUGAAAAUGACGAUGAAAGCGCAGAUUGGGGAACGAUGGCUGGUAUCGCAAUUGACGAGUUCAACUGCCACUGUUUGUACUUGACAGCGCAAACCCACUCUACGAAUUUUGCCAUGGAAUGUGCAAGAGCGCUUGAAGCAAAGCGUAGGAAAGCGGAAGAUGAACGUGAAUGUAAUGAAUGGUCUCGUCAAGGCGAUUUAGUGGGUCUUUCACAACGUACAGCUCGCGCUGAACAUAACCAGACACUCGUUGAGCGCUCCAAACUAGCUCUGGAUGCGUGCAAAGCGCGAACUUUUGAUGCUAUCUUAGCGUUUGUUCGACAUCCCGGCUGGAGGACGGAGACCAAAGGGACAGCGCAAACCCACUCUACGAAUUUUGCCAUGGAAUGUGCAAGAGCGCUUGAAGCAAAGCGUAGGAAAGCGGAAGAUGAACGUGAAUGUAAUGAAUGGUCUCGUCAAGGCGAUUUAGUGGGUCUUUCACAACGUACAGCUCGCGCUGAACAUAACCAGACACUCGUUGAGCGCUCCAAACUAGCUCUGGAUGCGUGCAAAGCGCGAACUUUUGAUGCUAUCUUAGCGUUUGUUCGACAUCCCGGAUGGAGGACGGAGACCAAAGGGGAAUGGGGCCGAUCGGAACAGUUGAAAGCGCUGCGAGAGAAAUAUUAUGCGAGCAUGCUGAAUGUGCUGUUACGUGACCUGGGGAUGUGUAACGACGCCGAAACUAUUUUGGAUAUUCUCACGGAGCUCACUGAUGAGAAUCUGGAGUUCUACAAGGAUCUCUCGAAGACUGAUCUGAGCCGGUUUCUCCUCGACGUCCACACAUUGGCAGGACAUAUAUUGGGUUGA